GGUCACUGCUUUUCUGGAUACAGGUGAACUAUAACUCUCUUUCCCCCAAACUUCUCCAGUAUGUUCAGUUGGUCAUGGGGCUUCUCUAUGCCAAAUUUGGUCCCGGUCCAUCAUCGGUGGGGUUCGGAGUGCUCUUUGAUUGCAAGUGAACUAUACAUCCCAGUACCUACAACUCCAAAAUGUCCAGGCCAAUUCGCCUCAAAGCCGACUAGUAUUCAAAUUUGGGCAUAUUGGGUAUACAUGCCAAGUGUCCAGAUCCAUCAUUGUUUGGGUUCAUAGUGUGCUCUGGAUGUAGGAGAACUAAAACUCCUAGAAAUCCCUCCAAAGACCUCCAGUAUUUUUUGUUGGUCAUGAGGGUUCUGUGUGCCAAGUUAGUUUCAGGUCCAUCGAUGGUGGAGUCCAGAGUGCUCUUUGAUUGCAGGUGAACUAUAAAUCCCAGUACCUACAACAACUAUAAAUCUAGGUGAAUACCCCCCAAAUCCCUCCAGUACGUUCUAUCAGCCAUGGGGGUUCUUUGUGUCAAAUGUGGUCCAGGUCCAUUGUCAGUGGGGGUCACAGUGCUCUGACUUGAUGCAGGGUGAACUACAACUUCCAUCAGGUAGAGUCAAUCCGGCAAACUCCUCCAGUAUGUGUAGUUGCUGCUCAGUUCUACUGUUUGUUAUGCGGACAGAGUUGAAAAGCAUAAGAAAGGGUUAAGGAGAGGUAGUGGGAGGGGUCAUGCAAAUUCCACACCAAUGGAAAAAGAAAGGAACCCUGGGAUGCCUGCCUGUGGUGGAAGAAACAUGUAAAAUCUAGGAUGAAAUGGUCCCCAAAUCCGGUGAUUGUUUGCAGAACAUAAUUGGCCUUAAAGGAAAAGAUGCUCUCUUGGCGCCAGUAGUUAUUGGCACCCCGACGUAUAUUACCUGGAAAAAAGAAGAAAACAUAGUGCAUGAGUGGAAUGGGACCUCUGAUCAUUCAAAUGGCAACUUGAUUAUCAAAAAUGUGUCACACAGUGAUGAUGGACUUUACACAGCAGAAAUACAAAUGGGAACUAAAUUAGAAUACUGUCAUUUCUGUCUGAAAAUAUUAGAAUAUCUAGAACCACCUGUUUUAUACUGUUCGGACCACAGUGAUGACAUCCAGGUAAACUGUGCAUCACCUCCACAGAACUACUCCCACAAUCUACCUGUGUCAUACCAUUGGGAACACACAGGAGAGGUUAUUGAUCAUGGACUGCAGUCUAUUAAACUAUCGAAGAAUGAAGGCCUUCCUGAGAAAAUUACAUGCAUUAUUCACAUAUACAAUGUACAUGCCAGUAGCUCCAUUGCGUUAACUGAAUGUCUUUCAAUAGAAUCUGAUCAAGGGCGAAGUCGACCAGCACUGAUUGGGGUGUUUGGGGUUCUGGUGAUCGUAUUGCUUGUAUUUGGUCUGUGGAAGAAAGAUCGUUUAACACAUUGGCUGAAUACCAGGAAGCAGAAAAGACAAGAAGAUCCAGGCAAUGCUGAUGUUCCACUGAAUGAAAUGCUAACCGAUAAUGGUCCCAGAUGUGUAUCAGAGGAUUUAAAAGAUAACAGGAGCGAAGACACUGGUGACGAUGUUCCACUGAAUGAAACACCUGAUGACUCCAAAUGUGUACUAGAGAAUUCGAAAGAUGACAGGAGGGAAGAUCGUUUAACACAUUGGCUGAAUACCAGGAAGCAGAAAAGACAAGAAGAUCCAGGCAAUGCUGAUGUUCCACUGAAUGAAAUGCUAACCGAUAAUGGUCCCAGAUGUGUAUCAGAGGAUUUAAAAGAUAACAGGAGCGAAGACACUGGUGACGAUGUUCCACUGAAUGAAACACCUGAUGACUCCAAAUGUGUACUAGAGAAUUCGAAAGAUGACAGGAGGGAAGGCAAUGCUGAAGAUGUUCCACUGAAUGAAACACCUGAUGACUCCAAAUGUGUACUAGAGAAUUCAAAAGAUGACAGGAGGGAAGGAAAUUCUACAACUGCAAAAGCUUAAAGACUGAAAAGGAGUUGGCACAGAUUAAAAGACUAGUGUUGGGCCAUGGAACUUUGCAGCAGCAGCACAGGCAAUGGUGGAGUCCUUUGAACAUUGGAGACAAGAGUUUGAAUUCCUGCUUGGUCAUUAAAUCCACAGCCUAAUCAUACAUUCUCAGCCUCAAAGGGAAGUCAAUGACAAAUGUAUUCUGAACAAAUUUGUCAAGAGAAAUCCUUGAUUGUUUUUAAGAAAUAGAAAUAAAGAAAGAAUAGAAAUAUUUUAUUGAUAUUACAAGGGAGUAAAGUUACAUGUUCAAAAUAUUUUUCUUUGUCCAAAAAAACCAACCAAACAAAAAACAAACCCCACUCUGAAAAAUUCUAAUCUCUUAAAAGUAGAUGGUUUCCAAUUUUCUACCCGGAAAUGAUGGAGAGUUCCAUACUAUAGGAGCAUGGUUUGCUCUUACAGAAGAUUUCUUCCAGCUUCUGACUUUUCGAAAACCAAAUAACAUCCUGACAUUAGAUGAUUGCUUGGCUCAGUUGGUUUCCAGCUGCAGAGCUUUCUGUUUUCAUGUUUCUUCAUCCUUGCGGAGGGCAUCAGUUUCCUCCAGCUUCUUGGCAGCCACCAAAAGGAAAAGAGAUUUAAAGAUUGGCUUAAAGCUAACCUUAACAUUGUGGCAGAGAUACCGAGAACAUGGAAGCCCUGGCCCUCAAACAUUCUAGCUGGAGGUCAGCUGUGACUAACAGUGCUGUGGAAUUCAAAGUGGCACAAAUGGAGGGCAAAAGGCAGAAAUGUGCCAAGAGGAAGGCGCAUCAAGCAAUCCUUGUCAGGACUGCCUUCCAUCUGGAAAUCAAUGUCCUCACUGCAAAAGAACAUUCAGAUCCAGAAUAGGUGUCUACAGUCACCUACAGACCCAUCGCCAAGACCCUACACUUGGAAGUGAUGUCGACCGCGUUUUAGGGGAUUAGGCCCUUAAGGAGAGACCCGAUCCGGUCCUGAGAGAACGGACCUUGGCGAAGCCAAAAGGAGAAUUAUGAGCCGCAAUACAACCUGAAGCCGAAAUGAAGAAGGUCCGCCAAAGUUGAAGGAAAAUCCGCCAAGGAGUCUUUAUUGAGCAAUUCAGCUGAAGAGGACUCUAGUAGCGAUCAUUCGGUCUACUAGGGUACCAUACAAUCAAAAUAAAGCCAUAUUUAUACAAAAUUUCAGUCUGACAGCCCUUUGAAUUUCCCGCCCUGCUCCCCUGCCCAUCUGAUCGUUGAUAGGCUAGAAGGUUGAACGAGGCGGGCUUUCGUUUCCCGCCUUGCUCCGUUGGCCCAAUAGGAAGCUGCCUUUUGUCUCUACUCGGGCCAAUCAGGAAAGAGAAGGCGGGAGUUAUUGAAACAAUGAGGUGACAGGACAGGAACUGGCGGAUUAAGUCCUGCUAGACCGAUUUCUAAAGGGUGAUUAAUGGCAGCAAUCAAGGGUGUCCGGGUUUCUGUCACGUAUACAGAUUUUAGAUAUGCCUUGGGGUGUCAGAGGUGGAAGCAAAGAUGGGUGGUGAUGAGCCAUAUUGACAGGCUCUGCAGGGCGCCUUCCUGAGGUGUCCUGGAUUUUCCUUUGGGUGAGAUAUGACAAUGUUUGCCUUGGGGCGAAUCACCUUUAGGUCAACACUCCGAAUUCGGCGACUCAAGCCCUAUAUUGUCCAUGCAAUUUGAAUUUGAUUGGGUUUAGCGGUGGCAGAUUAUCCUUUUGUUUUUGGGAAGGGAAGCCUGGGUCAUAGGAAAUGGGAUAAGUUCUGGGGUUCAGGUUGAGUUCAAAAUAUUUCCUAUUUGAUUUCAUGAUUUGACAAUUGUAUGAAAUAAAAUGAAAAAUAAAAUAAAGUUGGAAUAUAAACCAUGCUGGGAGAAAUACAUAUUUUCCGGGGAUCCCAAAGAGUACAAAUACAUAUAGGCAGAUAGAUAGAUUUCAUGGAAAUAAGGGAGAAUCCAUAAAAGUGAGUUACAUUUCAUAAAGGGGAAUCAUGAAUGAUAUAAACAAUUGAAAAUACUUGAUAAGAACGAAGUUCAUAACAUCUGGAGAACCCAGCGUGGAAAUUCAUAAAAGUGGAGUUUUAGCAGCAUGAUUUUACAAUUCAUGAAGUUGUUAUCUCUUGCCUCAGGCUAAAAGGUCAAACGCCUUUUGUGCAGAGAGUCACAGUAAACUCCAGUAAAAAGUCUCAAUCACCUUCUACUAUAAAUAUAUGGAAUAUAGAACAUAAAGUCUUGAUUUUUGAACUAUCUUUUACAAAGUCCUGGGGGGGGGGGGGGUCACCUCCAUCACAGAAGGAAAUCAUACUGUUGUAGCUCAGCAAGUGACUGAGGAUUUUUCUGAUUUCUCUUGACAUGUCAGAGGAUGAGGCUGUCAGGAGAGAAUUGCAGCCAGAAGAGGCCCCAGAAGGGGCUGAUGUUUUAGGUUCCACGGGGAAAGUGACUGUCCAUGGUCCCUUGGAAAACAGCCUUUGGCCAAUGGGGAGUUUUCAUGAGAAGCCUUAGCCUUGAGAAUGGAGGGAGUGAAAAAUAGGCUAAUUAGAUGCUCUUGAGAGACUCCGUGAGAAGAGUUUGACAUGAUGUCAUGGCUACUUGGUUGGGCUUAACUUAAGGUGUGAUGGCUUCAUGCCUUUCAGAGGAGACAACAUUGCCAUAGGAAUGGUUCUCCUGUCUCUGCUCUCAAGUAUUCUCAGCUUAUCUGAUUCAUGUCUUUUCUUGAAGGAUUUACCUUGGAAAAGUUCUUGAUUUCUGGUUUAUGGAUUUAUAAUUUUAUAUUAUACUAUGUGUUUAUUUUAUGCAUUGUUUUAGGCACUUUGUGCCAUCUGUAAGCCGCCCUGAGUCCCUUUGGGGAGACAAAGUGAUCCUUAAAGGAAUGUAUGAUUUUAUUGUACUACUUUAGGUCACAGAGCUUGGGGUUCCCUUCAGACUUUGCUUCUUAUGCAUUGUGUGCUUAAAUGGGCAGACAACCUAGGGAGUGGUCCUGAUUUUAUUGUACUGUUUUAGCUCACAGAGCUUAAGGUUUGUUUUGUCAAAUUGCAAAUUAGCACACUGAUAAUUGAUGAAUAAAGAAAAGAAAUUUAUUGACAGCAAAACUGAUACGAUGUAAAUAAAAAGCAAGAUAUACAAAACCCAGUUUCCUCUUUCCGUUGUGGGAAACCCAGGAAAAACAACGAGGAAGACCCCCAACUUGGCCAAUUCGUACUGUGACUGGUUUAUGCCUGCUUUGAGGUUCCAAGAAAAAAGGCCUUUCUCUUAUGCACCAGGGUAAUUUUCCACCAGGUGCCUCUAAUGAACCAAGGCUGAGCUGAAUUCUUGAAACCAUCCUCCUUAAAGCCAGAGGCCAGCCUGAUAACAUUCUCCCCCCAUACUUCAGGCUCUCUCUGACCUUGCUCCAGCAAAGAUUUAUAAUAAUUAGAGACUCAACCAAAACAUUAAGGUACCAUAUCACGGACACUUCUGCAAUAAUAAAUAAAUAAAUAAAACUUCAUUUAUACCCCGCCACCAUCUCCCUGUGGGGACUCGGGGCGGCUUACAUGGGGCAGAGGCCCAAACAACAUAGACUGUAUCUCCAAAGGCCUGCUGAAACAUCCAAGUCUUCAGUUGUUUCCUGAAGGAAGGUAGAGAGGGAGCCAACCUAAUCUCCCUGGGGAGGGAGUUCCAGAGUCGGGGAGCCACGGCCGAGAAGGCCCUCUCUCUCGUCCCCACCAGACGCAAUUGUGAGGAGGGUGGAAGUGAGAGAAGGGCCUCCCCGGAAGAUCUCAGCGAUCGGGUGGGUUCAUAGGGGACGACACUGUCACGAAGAUAGGCAGGUCCCGAACCGUUUAGAGCUUUAUAGGUAAUAACCUGCACCUUAAAUUGGGCCCGGAAUAUAAUCAGCAGCCAGUGGAGCUACUUGAACAGGGGGGUUGAGCGCUCCCUAUAAGCAGCUCCAGUUAGUAACCUGACUGCCGACCAUUGUACCAACUGCAAUUUCCGGACCAUCUUCAAGGGCAGCCCCACCCACGUAGAGUGCAUUACAGUAAUCCAUCCUUGAGGAACCCCUACAGGGUUCCCAUAAGACUUUGCUUCUUAUGCAAUGUCUUAAAUGUCUUUGAAUGGACAGACAACCUGUAGAGUGGUCCUUAAUGGACUGUUUUGCUUAAGGGAAGAUGAAAGGGUCACUUUUGGCUUGCUGUAGGAGGGGAAAAGCUUUGAAGGCACAUGUUCAACAAUGAGAAGAACAGCAUUCUUAUUUGUAGGGCAAUUUUCUCAUUUUUUUCUGCCCUGAUAACUAUACCCCCGCAAAAUUAAUUGCUCUAUAAUCGUGACUAUAUUAGUUCACAACUACUUUUAAAACCAUUUUGCCUCAAGUCCAUCUCACUGCCCUGUCUACACCUUUACUAAUCUGUGACAACUGAAUGUAUACAUUUUCUGUAAUCUGUACAGUGUUAAAAGACCAUAAAUUAUUGCUUUCAUCUACUGCAAUGUAUAUAUUGUUUUGGAUCAUUCAGGAUUUAUUCUUUCUAUUAAACAUAUUUCUAUCUCAUUUUAUUCAUAUUGUACUGUACAUCUUUAGUCCUUUUUUGAGAAACAGAAUGAUUAUUCUUUCAAACUUAGUUAAAUAUCUCUAUAUAUGGUCAUUUCUAGAAAUUCCUUGCCUGUUUUGUUGCUAUACAUUGCGCCAAAUUGCUAUAUGUGUGUGUGUGUAAAGAAAUCCUUGCAAAAGUUAGUUUGCAAGGGAACUCUGCAGAGGAGCUCUUUUUGCAGAGGCAAGGCCACGCCUAAAACAAUGUAUCUGUUUCUGGCAGGUGGCUGAGAAUGUCAGUUGGAAUUUGAGCUUGCUGGGAGAGCACAGAAAUGGAGACAGGCUCUCUGGCUACGGUCAAGUAGCUGAUUAAUAUGCUAUGCUGUAUAUAUUGAUUGCUGAUUGAUUAGUUAUUGAUCUUAUGCAACUACAUGGACAUUGUACGAUUGCAGAACUGUUUUAUAUUUCAACUCUACAAGCAAGAGUAAAGUUCCUUUGUUCUUUUCAA